CUUUUUGCAUAUCGUAAUCUUUUAUUUUAAAACUUCACUUUAUCAUGGCUGACUUAGAAGCUUACUUUCCAAUCAUCUUUGCAUCCCUCAUACCUAUUAUCUUGGUCUGGGCAUUUUCCAAACCCACUCGACCUAAAUUUCAUGUUCUGCCAACCCCAUUUGCCCUUCCUAUUAUUGGACAUCUCCACCUAUUAUUAUCGAUCCCGCACCAAGCUCUUUACAAGCUUUCGUUUCGAUAUGGGCCUAUAUUUCGUCUCUAUCUUGGCUCUCAGCCUUGUGUUGUUGCUUGUUCGCCAGAAAUUGCAAAAGAAUUCCUUAAAACAAACGAACAUGUGUACUUAGAUCGACCCGUUAACUCAAACGCAGAUUACAUUAGUUAUGGAAACAAAGGCAUGGUGUUUGGUCCUUAUGGACCUUAUUGGAAGUUCAUUAAAAAGUUAGUCAUGUCAAAUCUUUUAAAUGGUAAAACACUUGCCAUGCUUAGUUCAGUUAGGCAUGAAGAAAUUAAUAGUUUUGUAAGCUUAAUAUCAAAAAAAGCCAAAGUUGGGGAGGCUGUGUAUCUUGGUACGGAGUUGAUGAAGUUGAAUAACAAUGUGAUAUCAAGAAUGCUUAUGGGUGAUAGAUGUCUAGAUGAUAAGGAGUAUAUGAUGAAGUUGGUAGAAGAUCUUGCUGAGACAGUAGGAAACUUUAACCUUUCUGAUUACAUAUGGUUGUUUAAGAGUCUUGAUUUGCAGGGCUUAGGGAAAAGGGCGAAGAAUUUUCGUGUAAGAUUUGAUGCAAUGAUGAAUAAGAUCAUAAAAGAGCAUGAAGAGGCAAGAAAACACAAGGAGAUCAAUAAAGAAGCCAAAGACUUGCUUCACAUUUUACUCGAUAUACAACAAGACGAGAGCAUGGAAAUAAAGUUGAGCAUGGAGAACAUCAAAGCCUUCAUCCUGGACAUAUAUCUUGGAGGAACACACAGUGCAGCGAGCACAGUAGAAUGGGGUUUAUCGGAACUAAUCAAUCAUCCAAAUAUCAUGAAAAAGGCAAUUGAGGAAAUACAUCAAGUUGUUGGAGGAAACAGACUGUUGCAAGAGUCAGACAUACCAAACCUUCCUUACCUCCAAGCAAUUGUGAAGGAAACAUUACGUCUCCAUCCAGCUGCUCCAGUGAUUCCAAGACAAUCAACAGAAGACUUCAUGGUGGCGGGUUACCAUAUUCCAGCAAAAACUGAUAUUUUUAUCAAUGUGUGGGCCCUUGGUAGAGACCCGAACCAUUGGGAAAAUCCAUAUGAAUUCUGGCCUGAAAGAUUCCAAGAAAACGACUUAGAUGUGAGAGGGCAACACUUUCACAUGUUGCCAUUUGGUAGUGGGAAGAGGCUUUGUCCCGGAAUUUCACUAGCACAGUUCAUGAUACACACAACACUUGGUGCAAUGAUUCAAUGUUUCGACUGGAAGGCUGGAAAAGAUGGAAAUCUACCAAGUGUCGAUAUGAAAGAGGGGUUAGGGCUCACGAUUACUAGAGCUAACCGUUUGAUUUGUGUCCCGGUGACUCGUUACGAUCCUAUCCCAGUUUCGAAUAUAACAUGUUAAUCGUGCAUCUAUGAUGUUUAUCAUUUUCGGAUUCUGCUUACUAGCUAUCCAAACUUUCGAUCAACUCGAUCAGCCUAUGUUAUGUUUGCUAAUUAGAAUUAGCAUUAAAAUAAGAGGAAGCCUACCCAUUUGAUGUUUUAAAUAUUAUCGAAUAUUAAUAUCAAUUUUUUUAUAGUUUAUGCCAA